GUCGUCUGAUAUAUCGGAGACGAGAUCUGUAAAUCCGGAGGCUCGCAGAAAAUGGGUGCUUUAAACUUGUCAUCUCCAACACACUUCCCUUACUCUCUUCAGACUCUCUCCAUUUUAUCCAAUUCCAGAUAUGUCCCUUCCCUUUCUUUCAAUUCCCUUCCUAACCACACCGCUCUCUUCCUCUCCGCAUCCUUCACGCACAAAUCACCGGCGAAGCACCACCGCCGCGGCCUCGUCGUCUCCGCGCUGCAGAAGUUGUCGGAGACUGAAUCGGUCACCGUUUCCUCCGAUUCUGAUGGAAACCUACCGUCCAAUUCCGGUGUUUACGCCAUUUACGACAGUGGCGCCGACCUUCAAUUCGUCGGGAUAACGCGGAAUCUCGCCGCCAGCGUUCUCGCUCACAGGAAGUCCUUGCCCGAGCUUUGUUCCGCCGUGAAGGUUGCAGUGGUAGAGGACCCAGAUAAAACUGCUUUAACCGAAGCAUGGAAAGCAUGGUUGCAAGAACACAUAGCAGCUACUGGGAAGGUUCCACCAGGAAAUGAACCCGGGAAUUCAACGUGGGUGAAAAGGGCUCCGAGAAAGAAGUCUGAUCUGAGGUUAACACCAGGCCGCCACGUUCAGCUGACAGUGCCUCUGGAGGAUCUCGUUGACAGGCUAGUGAAAGAGAACAAAGUGGUCGCAUUCAUCAAGGGCUCAAGAAGCGCCCCAUUGUGUGGGUUCUCACAGAGGGUCGUGGCGAUUCUUGAAAACCAAGGGGUAGAUUACGAGACCGUUGAUGUGCUUGAUGAAGAGUAUAACUUCGGUUUGAGGGAGACGUUGAAGAAUUACAGUAACUGGCCUACAUUCCCUCAGAUUUUUGUUAAUGGCGAAUUGGUUGGGGGCUGUGAUAUACUGACCUCCAUGUAUGAGAAAGGUGAGCUUGCUGAUAUGUUCAAAUAGAAUGUAAUUUUAUAGCUUUUGUUUUUCAGAGUUUAUUUUGAAUCCAAGAGGAGAAAGAGGCAAAGCUAGUUGUAUUAAUCUAGAUUAUGGAUUGAUUGGUCCAUUGUUUUCAUGUAUCAUUAAAAAACAGUUUUCAUGAUAUGAAAGACAUGCAGGUAGGCUUAGUAACUGAAUCGUGUAUAAACUAUUGUCCAAGUUAGUUUUUAUUACUACUCAUUUUAUUGGGUAA